UUCCUUUCCUUGUCAGAACUAGUAUUAAAUAAGGUUGCUAAACAUGUUUUGUUUUACCCCUCCACCUUCAACAGAGUUAUGUAGUUUGAAUGCAGAUAUGGCUCUCAAGACUGAAAUACUACAUGAUAAAAAUGUAGAAACCAAACUUUUGGCUGAUAAAGGAUAAUCAAUGUGAAUGUUUAUGGUAUACUGUGAUUUUAGUUGUAGCAGUACUGCAGGUUAUUUUGAUUCCAGUGAUUGUUAUUAGUUUUGAAGAAAUGGUUUCUACAUUACCAAAUGGUAGAGAGGUUGGAGAGUGGUGGGUUUUUCAGCUUUCAAUAAAUCUUCUUUGUUAUGCUACCAUUAUUGUGCCUGGGGCUCUGAUUAUUUACAUUGUGAAGAGAACACAUUUUGUAGAAAAAUCAGGAGCAGGAUGUGUGAUGAAAAUUAUCAAACUGUGCAUCUAUGGCAGUGAUGCAGAAAAAUUGAGUUUAGAACUUGGUCCCAUGAAACAGAAUCAGUCUUCUAAAGCAGAAAGAUCCACAUUAAAAGAGGGCAUUAUCCUAGUGUUCUGUUUCCUUGGCCUUCAGCUGUCGUAUCUUACCUGGGGUGUUCUGCAGGAAAAGAUAAUGACCAAAGAAUAUGAAAAUAGUACAGGAAGCAUUGGACUGUUUACUGAUUCACAAUUUUUGGUGUUUGUUAACAGAGUGCUCGCUUUUAUUUUUGCAGGAACUUAUAUAGCUUUCACCUGGCAACCAAGACACACAGCUCCUCUCUAUAAGUACUCUUAUUGUUCAUUUUCAAAUAUUAUGAGCAGCUGGUGUCAGUAUGAGGCCCUUAAAUUUGUUAGUUUUCCUACUCAAGUUCUGGCAAAAGCUUCAAAAAUUAUUCCAGUCAUGUUAAUGGGAAAGCUAGUUUCUAAAAAGAGUUAUGAAUACUAUGAGUACAUAUCAGCAGUUAUGAUUUCUCUUGGAAUGAUGAUGUUUUUGUUAUCUCGAGGCCAAGCAAAAGACAAUGAAACUGUAACUACAUUUUCUGGUGCAAUAAUUUUAGUAGGAUACAUGUUGUUUGACAGUUUCACUUCAAAUUGGCAAGGGUCAUUGUUCUCAACUUACUCCAUGUCGUCUACACAGAUGAUGUGUGGUGUGAAUCUUUUCUCUUGUCUUUUUACUGCAGCCUCUCUUCUUCAGCAGGGUGGGUUUGUAAAAUCUUUUCACUUCAUGAUGCAAUUUCCCCUAUUUUGUAUUGACUGCUUCUUAUUAUCUAUUUGUUCUGCUAGUGGGCAGAUGUUCAUAUUUUACACCAUUUCACAAUUUGGACCUGUCAUAUUUGUCAUCAUGAUGACAAUUCGUCAAGCUGUUGCUGUUCUUUUAUCAUGUCUCAUUUACCACCACAUGUUAGAUAUCAAAGGAAUAGUGGGAGUGCUUAUAAUCUUUGGUGCUCUGUUUUUCAGAAUCUACUAUGGCCAGAAGCUCAAAACUGCUCGUAAAGCAGCAACUGUUAGUUCUUCAAAUGGAAGGUUACAGAAAUAAAUAUCAACUUUAGGGAAACCAAUGAAACAACAAAACUGGUUUAUAUGUAAUUUUUUGUCUUUUAAUAGCACCUGGACCACAUUUGAAACUCACAUUAUAACACAUUCAUGAAUUAUUUUAAAAGAACUCUUAUAGUAUCCUGUUGAUUUCAUUGAAAUAGAAAACUUUGAUUGGAUAUGGCAUGCCAGCAGUUAAAACAUAAACACUAUGUAAUUUAGGACUGUGACAUAGUGUAUAAAGAGGUAAAAGCUAUUAUGUUGAGUAAUUCCACAUUAUUUGGAAUGUUUGCAUCUACCCAGUUUUAUAUGAAGCAUCAACUGUACACUUAGGUCUAUGAGAUUUUUAUAUAUAUUUAAUUUCACACACCUACUGUACUUUUGCUUACCAGCUCUAUAUUCACCUGGUAGUAUUUAUUAUGGAAAGUGUGGUUUUAUUUUUGUAUAAAAAACAUGGUUUAUUCUUCUAACUUAUUUCAGUUAUAAAGAAAUAAAAUUAAUUUUUUUAUUACUUAUUACAGCUUUUACAGUAAGUAAGAUUUGUUUU